AUGGAAAAAACUAGACGGAAGGAGUCCCAUCAAGUUAUGAAAAAAGAACAUGGCGAAGGAAAAACUGAGGAAAGUAUCCAAGAAUACAAGGAUGAGACCAAGGACGAAAACGAAGUUAAAGAGAAAGAUAUGAGGACGGUUACGAUUACUUUGGACUACUAUCAGAAUAUAAUUCCACUGCAUCCCACUGCAGACAUUCAAACCAGAUGCAAGUACCUAGAUCGAAACUUGGGAGAAACGUCCCUCUUGCCGAUAACAGACGAACCAACCUUACCUAUAAAUGAAACGUUCACUUUCAAAAUAAAUAUAAACUGCAAGAAAGACAGCGACCAUCUAAUUUCAUCACCUGCCCUGUUAACCGUUUUGCAAUUUGCUGGGACCUGCGAUCCGGGACUAUACGAACAACUGCAAUUGUGCGAGAAUACAAAGCAUGUCGGUUCUGCCAAGUCGUUCGAAAGUAUCGUUAGCAUAUAUGAAGCAUUGACUGGAGAUACGGUGGAUCGCGAUAUCGUCGACGCAGCGGAAACAAAGGCGGUAGCUAGAAUGAAGAAAAUGGAAAAGAAAAAAGAGAAGAAGAGUGCAGCUAAUAAAAGCUCUAAGCCAACAAAAUCUCCUAAAGCCACUUCAAAAAAGCAAAAGCAAAAAAUAAGCGAGUCGACCAGCGUUGAUUCUCUGUCCCUAGAUGCGAAACCUACAACAUAUGGAAUGUGUGUCAUCGACUUUUUGCCUUUAUUUUACGGAAAGUCCAGUUUCACAGAAACUUUGAUGAUAAAUCCUGUGGAGUUAUUUUACGAUGAGCGCAUGAUCACUUACAAAAUUCGUCCAAAAAUCACCGUAACUGUUUCGAUUGAUAAAGAAAUAUGUUUCCCCCACACUACAAUCCUUAACUUUACAGUAGAGUCUCUUUUCAACAUUCCGUCAGUUAUGAAACCAGAUAUGGAUUAUAAGAUAUGCGCCAUGCUUCCUAUGGAGAAUUCUGUACAAUUUUUAUCAAAAAUUCGAGUAGCGAGUCCAUUAACCACAUUCAAUUUCCAUGAGGCUCUUAAGGAAACUGGUAUUACCGAUUCAUAUUUUGUACCAAAACCGCGAGAACCAGAAGUUACGGAAGAAGUGGUGGUACCAGAGCCUGAAGUGCCCAAAAACGAUAAAAAACCUGAAAAGUCAAAGAAGAAGGAAAAAUCUUCUGCUUCGAAGUACUCGAAAUCUACGAAGAAAGACUCUAAAAGACUCUCCCAGGCAAAAUCAGAUUUACAGCAACUUUUACCAUUGCCACCCGAACCCGUCCCAGAACCAGAACCGAGUACUCCCGUAUAUAGUGAAAAUGGAAAACCAACUUUUAUUACCGUAGAAAUAGAACUGUCCCAACCUAUUUUUAAAAAGCGAGACGUGGAAGACCUAGAGAAUGAAUUGCAGAGUUUACUGGAAGACAAAAAGGACAGCUCCCAUAAAGUCGUUUUAACCCAACACGUUAGUAAAGACUAUUACAAAGCGGUGUUAAACCAAAUUACAAAAGACAUAUACGACAAAUAUAAACAGUAUACCUCCCUAAAAGAGAAAGAAAGUAGUACUGUUGCAGAAAAAGACUUUAUUAAAUACUUGGAAAGCGUGGGUGCAUACCAGACCUACUUGACGUCCAUAAAGGAGGCAAUCUCUGUCGUUAUAACGACCAAAUUCCAUAUCAACGAAACCGACAAGAAAAAUUCGCACCUGUACCAGAAUUUUAUCGGCGAAGUAUUUGUAUACCUAGUUUCUGAAAUGAAUGACACCUUAAACAGACUCGUUUGUACUGGACUGCAACCCGUUGUCACUCCAAAACCGAAGCCUGCGGAUAAAUUGUAUUUUUACGCAAAAGAGGCGGCUGCGUUAGGAAAAAGAGAGCUGGCCGACAGAUAUUAUUUAGAAAUAAUUUGCUACAACGAAUUGCAGAAUCCCGAUAGCUGGUUCGAUUAUGCAGUUUUUAACUUAGAAAUUAAGCAGCCCGACAGAGCAUACGAGUGUGUGUUAAUAGCGUUAGAGAAGCAACGGUCUCAUCGAUACAGCCUUCUUCUUCUGGGCAUCAUGUUGGCCGACAAAGGACAGCGGAACGAAGCUGAAACGUGUUUUUUAAAUCUGUUAGUGUACCAACCACGAUGGGUGGAAGGUUGGGUUUCCCUCUUUCUAUUUUAUAAGAAAAUCGACAUAUACGAAGGAAUGGACAUGGCCAUGGAUAUGGUAAAAAAAUAUUUAGACGACGAAAGGACGACAAGCGAUUAUUUUAGUGAAAUGGAGGAUUUACUUUGGACGUCUAAAAUUUGCCCUAAAACGAUGUUUUUUCGCACUGCAGUUCUUCUAUUAAAAAUGAGAGUUUACGAAUGGGUAGAAAUGGCAUUGGUUCAAGAAGUUCAAAGACAUUUCGGCAUUACCCAUUAUCUACUAUCGGCUGUAUGUCUGUAUCAGGAACUGUACGAACAAGCAUUGGAACACAUUCAACUUACCAAGGCGUAUUGUGGACCAGAUUACGCUGUUUCGUCAUUGUCCGGGCACUGCCUCUACGCUCUCAGCAGGCUACCUGAAGCUCAAGAAGAUUAUUAUCAUGUUUUAGAAUCUCUCGAUAGACCGGACGAUAUACAUAUGGUGUAUAUCAACUGCGCCCAAAUACUAGACGAUUCUGGGAAUCGCCAGGACGCACGGAAACUGAUUUUGUUGGCUUGCAAGCACAGCCCCACUCAUUAUACUUGGUACAGAGCGGGGCUGUUAUAUUUUCAGGACAACGAUUUAUUAAGCGCGGAAGAGUGCUUCUCGGAGGCAAAUUUUAAGGACAACCGAUGCCCCGAGUAUUGGGGAUAUUUGACCAUAAUUAAUUUGAAACUAAACAGGCUCAGUCAAGCAGAGUUAUGCUACUCCCAAGCCUUAAAGAACAACUUGAACGAUGCAAUGUGCGAGGAAAUAAGAAAGGAAUUCAAAAAAUGUUCAACG